CUCCCCUUCCCAGGGCACGAAUUUCCAGAGCGUGUGAGAAUGUUGGAUCUAGGAUGGAAUGUGUAGCUAGGCCAUGCCUUGUGGGGUUUUGACUGCAGCAAGAUUGAUGAUGGAUAGAGCUUGCGUUGCGUGCUUGCGCUUGAUUAGAUUCUCUCUUUUCUUUGGUUCUUUUUUGGUGUUUUGGUUUGUUCUUUGUGUGUCUUGUUCUUCGCUUCUUCUCCUCUUUGUGUCCUUGGAUGAAUCGAUGCUGCGCUGCUGCCCCCAUUCUCUCCAGCGCUUUGCGCGAGAGGUUCUCGCGUUUUCUUUGUUAGGAGUUGUGCAUGAAUGGACGAUGAACUAAAGAUGGAGCCUUGUACGUUUGACGACUCGGAGUCGUCUGGCUCGGGCUCCGGCUCGGGGUCUGACGACGACGAUUGCACUCCGAGGAUUGGAAGCGACUUCCAGGUGGACGAGCUCCCUCGCUGCACACACGACUUCUUUGCGGCUGAGAAUGGGAACCACGUCACGGUGUUUUCGGCUGACGAGGAAGAGCUCGCGUUUGCUCUUGGAGGGAUGGCGAUUCCGAUAACCAGCAUCCGCAUGAACAACGAGAAGAAGCAGGAUCUCGGUCGGGACUGCGAUGAUCAAAACGAGGGCGAGCUGCCGGAGGAUAAAAACGGGGGUGGUGAUGGAAGGAGACGGAAAGGGAAGAAGAAGAGGAAAGGGAACUGGCUUACGUUUCGGAGAAUGCGAGCCAAGAGCAGCCUCAGCGAGAUGGAAGAUGUUAUAGUUCCGGGGGAUGGCUUUGAUGCGUGGGAGGAGAACGAGGAGGCUGCGUUCCUGCUGGGACUCUAUCUCUUCGGGAAGGACUUCAACGCUUUGAAGAGAUUCCUGGAGACGAGAAUGCUCACGGACCUUCAGCACUACUAUUACAGCAUCUUUUACGGGACUCCGGCCUACAAGAGAUGGGUGGCAGCACGAAACAACUGCAGCAAGAGAAUCGUGAAUGGUCGACACAUUUUGGUUGGGCGGCGUCAGGAAGAACUUCUACGACGGCUUCUUCCAGAAGUCGAGGAGUGCUCAAGACCGGAACUAUUCGAGACUAUGGCUGGAUUCAACAAAGGCGAGGUUUCUUUCGAGAGGUACGUGUCUCGGAUAAAAGACAUAGCAGGACUGGAGCUGUUCGUCGACUCGGUUGGCCUGGGGUGUGGGAAACGGGACUUGACGAUGGGAAGUGUGGAUUCAGUCCAGGCCACCAAGAAGUUCGAGUUACCUCCAGGCAAAGCUUUCUCGGACUACACAGGGACGGAAAUGUUUAGAGCUCUCUCGGGUGGCUGCCGGUUGAGCAAGAGCCGAGCACAGGACUUGUUCUGGGAAGGAGUGUGGCCUCGGCUGCUUGCUAAGGACUGGAGCUCGGAACAAAGCGGGAAAGGGCCGCUAGUUUACAUGGUCCCAGGCAUCAAGCGCUACUCGAAACGCUCCUUGAUCAAAGGCAAAGAUUACUUCGACUCGAUCAGCGAGGUGUUGAAUCACGUAGCCACUGAUGCGAGCUUUCUGGAACUUCCGGAGCUGGACAACGAGUUGAUGGCCAAGAGCCAGAGCGAGAUAAAUAACAAGAGGGGUGUGAGCAGCAGCAGCAAAAUGGACGAUAUCAACACUAAUGGAGUCGUCAGCGAGCGCAAACGCAGGCCGACACUGUGGCUGAGCAAAGGAACGUCUCAUGCUUUCGCGAAAGGUGACGACCAAGGUGACGAGGACAAGGACGGCGAGGCCCCGAAAGAGAAGAAAGUUGACACGCCAAAGGAGAAGAAGGACGAACCGGCUGCCGAGAGAGACGACGAUGGUGGCUUGAUCACAACUUUCCUGGCGCUUCCAAAGCAGCUGCAGCAGCUCGAAGUGAAUUGUCGGACUGGAAACACCGACGCCGGCGAUCCGGAGCAGGGCAAGAACAGCGAAAGUAGAAGCGAAUCGACGAGCGAGACGAUGACAACCACGACCACGGCGACACUCGUGUGUUUUCGUCGGCACCUCGGUUUGAUCUUAAGGCUCCGGCGGGUUCGUCCUGCGACUCUACCAGGUCCUCGAUCGAAGAACAGACUUUAACGAGAUGGAGGAGCGAUUAUCAGCACGUACUGCCGUCGAGAAAGAGAAGCUACGAUAUCUUCUCGGAGAGGAUCAACAGCGCAUCGAGCUUGCAGCUCCAAGGUGGAGUAGCAGCGGCGGUUGGCUUCUCGGCUCAACCAACGAGAACGAAGACUUUCUUCCUCGACAAUAUGAUCAAGCACUACCUCGGCAACGGCAAGAGCGUGCGCUUAUACGGACCAAGCACGAAGUUAGCUCGAGCCAACGUCGCGGAAGCUCUUUACAAACGGUUUCAGGUGGCCUUCUACAGGAAGGAGAUCAUGAGCUUGGUGCUCGCAGUUCACCUCGACUGGCAGCAAAAGAUGGCAAAGAGUAUAGCGGACAACAGCGUCGACGAGCGAGACAGUCGCAAAAGUUCGAGCAAAGAAGAGCUCAAGCUCUACGAGCUCCCGGAAGCAGCGGCGGCGGGACAGGCCUCGUCGAUUGCAUCGUCGGUGUCGUCUCAAGCACCACCAUGCUGCUGCGUCCCGGGAGGAUCCGUCGACAAGAACUUAAGCAGGAUAGAGACCGAGGAGAUGAUCCAGGAAGACGAUGGAGAUAAGGAUGGAUUCCAGCGAAAGCUCGUUGGAAGCAGCUGCUUGCGGUGCUCGUCAAGAGUGCAAGCUGGUGGUACGUAGUCGAGUGCUUGGUAUUUUAGAGUAGAGAACAAAAAAAAAUUCCUCUCCAUCCCAUUUGUACUUUAGAAAUAGGCAUAGACACGAGAAGAAGCAGCAAAUUGUUGUGCUGCGACUUUGAUUGCUCUUAAUUUGAACUGCAAAAAUCAUUCUUUUCUUC